AUGUUUAGACCGGUGAUUUCUCGAUUAUUCUCAACCACCAGUAAACGAUUAGCAGAAGUUGAAGUCAAAGUUUCAAAAGAAGCUUUGGUAGCUUUGAGAAAAAGAACCGGUUAUAGUUAUGUGAAUUGUCGUAAAGCUUUGGUGAAAUUUGGUGAAAAUGAUAUGGAUAAUGCUGAAAAAUGGCUGAAAGAAGCUGCGGCAAAGGAAGGAUGGGCGAAAGCUGCAAAGUGAGUUUUUAUUUUCAAAAUGAGAAUCUAUUAUAUGUUUUAUUACUUUUAGACUUGGUUCUCGAGCAACAGCAAACGGUCUUGUUUCUCUUUCGACAAAUAAUUCAAUUGCUGCAAUCGUCGAACUUUCAUGUGAAACUGAUUUUGUCGCUCGAGCUGAUCACUUCAAAAAUCUUCUUUCCAAAUUAAAUCACACCGUUCUUUCGCAAGCCGAAAAAGAUUUCUCAUCAACAUCUACUGGAAGUUCAUUCCAAGAAUUAUCUUAUGAAUUAGAAAAUUUGAAUGACGCUGAAAGCGGAAAGAAUUUGCGAGAAGUAAUGUCUCUGUCAAUCGGAAAAUUGGGUGAAAAUAUGGUUGUGAAACGAUUGAAAGCAUUGAAAGCACCGGAAGGAACUCUUUUAUUCGGUUCUUCUCAUCCAAAAGAUGAAAAUGAGCAAGUUUUAUUGGGAAGAUUUGUAUCAUUGAUUGCAUUGAAACAAGAAAAACCAGGAGGUAUCAGUUCACAACAAUUAGCCGGACAAAUUUGUCAACAUAUCAUUGGUUGGUUUUUUUUCGAAUCAAUAUUUUUUACUGAAAAGAAUAUUUUUACAGGAAUGGCUCCCGAAAAACUCGGAACCCCACCAACAGCCCAAUCAUCUGCCGGAGAAACUCUUCAAGCAGGUCAUGAUCCAGAAGCUGAACCAGUUCGUGUAACUCAAAUUGAUGAAUCAGAAAAUGCACUUUUGAAACAAUCGUUCAUGUUGAAUCCAUCACAAACAGUUCAUGAUUAUUUGACAACUCAUAAUGCAAAGGUUAUCGAUUUCGUUCGUGUUGAAUUAGGAUCAGAAUAA